GAGAAUUAGCACGAACGAGAAUUAGGACAUAGUGCGCCAAGUUUGACUCUUAACUCAGUUUCGAUGGUGAUGCCGGUUAAUCAGCACCCAGGCUUGGCGAAGAAGACUUGAAAUGGACAUAUAGUCGAUAUUUCGCACGUGCCUAUGUAUGGAAAAAAUUGAUCUAGGAAUUUAAACCUCUCUGUUCAGUUUUCUGAUACAUGGUUUAAGAAUCAUGGGAGAUAAAGAGUUGAAACCAGAAGAGAUUGAAGAAUACUCGAAAAUCUUUCAAACCUAUGCAUUGUCUCACCACGAAGAAGAACUAGUUGAUGUACUGUCAGACGAGGACAAUGGGGACCAUUAUGGUAUCAGUGUAAAUGCCCUGACACUGUUUGAGACCAACAUGGCUAUCUCAGAAGUCCUGAUCAGUUGUCCACUGAAGAUCUUACCAGUGUUUGACUCUGCACUGAAGUUGGCACAAGAGGACAUAUACAGAGAACAUCCACAGAGGCACCACAUGAAAGUGAAGUGUAACAUCCAUGCUAGGAUCAUGGGGCUCCCUGUAUGUCCAGAGCUUACCAGGGAAGUGUUACCUAAAACUUCAGAUGUGGGCAGCUUCCUCUCUGUCUCAGGAACAGUGAUCCGCACGUCCACAGUGAAGCUGUUGGAGUAUGAGAAAGAGUACAUGUGUACCAAGUGUAAGCAUGUAUUUACUGUGGAGGCAGACUUGGAGCAGUUCUAUAGUGUGUGCAGACCAGUGAAAUGUCUCAACCCAGAGGAGUGCAACUCUGUCCAGUUUGUACCAAUGGCAGAAUUAGGUGCUUCCCCUGGCUCCUGCCGUAACUACCAAGAGGUGAAGAUCCAGGAGCAGGUCCAGAAGCUGUCAGUUGGCACCAUUCCAAGAUCAAUGUGGGUGGUCCUGGAAGAUGACCUGGUGGAUGUGUGUAAAGCUGGGGAUGAUGUGACCAUAUGUGGCACUGUAAUGAGGAGAUGGUUACCUGUGAUCAGUGAUGUCAGGUGUGAUAUAGAGAUUGUUCUCAAGGCAAACCAUGUCCAGGUCAUCAAUGAACAAAGAACUAAUGUCAUGGUGACACAGGAAAUGAAAAAAGAAUUCCAAGACUUUUGGGAUAAGCACAAGCAUAGUCCUGUGACAGCACGUAAUCAGAUCCUAGCCAGCCUGUGUCCUCAGGUGUAUGGACUGUAUGUGGUUAAACUGGCUGUAGGUAUGGUACUGGCUGGGGGAGUACAGCGUCUUGAUGACUCAGGUAGUAAAGUGAGGGGAGAAGCACACAUCUUAUUGGUUGGGGAUCCAGGGACAGGCAAGUCUCAGUUCCUGAAGUAUGCUGCUAAGAUCACCCCCAGGUCUGUGCUGACUACAGGGAUAGGAAGCACCAGUGCUGGUCUCACAGUCACUGCAGUGAAGGAUGGUCAUGAGUGGCAGCUAGAGGCAGGCGCUUUGGUUUUGGCAGAUGGUGGUGUGUGCUGCAUUGAUGAAUUUAACAGCAUCAGAGAGCAUGAUAAAACUAGUAUUCAUGAGGCAAUGGAGCAGCAGACCAUCAGUGUAGCUAAGGCUGGUCUAGUGUGCAAGUUGAAUACCAAAACAACCAUUAUUGCAGCCACCAAUCCUAAAGGAAACUAUGACAGAGACCAGCCUCUGACAGUAAACAUUGCUUUGGCCAGUCCUCUGCUGAGCAGGUUUGACUUGGUGCUGGUACUUCUAGACACCAGGAAUGAGGAGUGGGAUAAGGUGGUCUCAUCUUAUAUUCUAGAGGGAAAGACUCCUCUAGAUGUAUUGCCUAAUGCCAGCCUAUGGAGCAUGGACAAGAUGCAGGCUUAUUUCUCUCUUAUUAAAACACUGCAACCACAGUUAACUGAUCAGGCUAGCAGGGUGUUGCAAGCAUACUAUAAGGCUCAAAGGAUGGCUGAUGACAGAAAUGCUGCCAGAACUACCAUGAGACUACUACAGAGCAUGAUUAGGCUUUCUCAAGCACAUGCACGUCUCAUGUUUCGCGAUGAAGUGACAACCCAGGAUGCAGUUCUUGCUGUAUCCAUAAUGGAGUCUUCAAUGCAGGGUGCAGCUUUGCUGGGUGGUAUCAAUGCACUACACAGCUCCUUCCCAGAUGAUGCGGAGAAUGAAUAUGCACUUCAAGCUGAAAUGGUCCUUGAGCGAUUAAAGUUGCAAGAUAUAUGGGAAGAGGAAUUGGAAAGACUUAAAGAUGAAGAAAGGGCAAGGAAUUUGGCCAAGAAGCCACCACCACCAGGAAUGACCCAGUCAGGGACAAAUGAUUCAGAACAUGGGGAAAUCAGAGCUAGUGGUGCAAUUGCAAGUACUUCAGGUACAUCAAAACAUGCAGACCAGACCGAAAUUAUUGACAUUGUUGAUGAGGGAACAGUUCAAAGUCCAGCUUCUUCACUAAGGACUGCAGGAACUGUAGUCCGACAGUCACAGCUUGGCAUAUCUACAUCACACACUGACAGCAAUUCAAACAACACAAACAGAACCGCAAGUGAAAAGGAAGACAUUCAUAAUGUUUCAUCUAUUUCUGCUCUUCUUAAUUCAUCAAGUGACAGUGGUGCUAACGAUUCAUUCAAUGAAAGUGUAGUUUUGGAUCAGAGUCUUGUGAAUAAAAGACUUGCAAAAAGCUCUAAAGUUCAAAAUGGCCCGACUCCUGCAAGUAAAUUGUUCGCUAAAUUUGGCAACACCUUGGCUCACCCGGCUUCCAAACCUGAUGUUGACAGGGUCCAACCAUCAAAAGGAGAUACACAUGCUGCAAGCAGCAGUGAAAUGACCAAUUCUCCUUCCAUUUUAAACUCAUCACCACCUCAGCCCUAUACUCAGAUUGGUAAAACCAUUCAGCAACGCCUUGACCUACGUGAAAAGCAUGCCAAAAAUUGUGCUGAUACUACAGACUGGUUUGACAACAUUGGAGCUGGUGGGAAGAUGAAAGAUUCCUCGACUCAUAAGGGCAAAGGAAAGGGAAAGAGUUCAGCUGAUACAACAAAACCAAAGGAUAGGAGUUAUACAUCUGAUCAAGAGCAAACUGAUAAUGAGAAAUCAGGUACACACUUGCUAACUAAAAAGAGGGGUGAAACGCCUAAAGAAAAUACACACAAUAGUAGCUAUGACAGCACUCCAGGAGAACCUGGCACCAGUUUUUUAGACAUCUCUACCCCAUCAUCUACCAAUUCAUUGGCUUCAACUCCCAAUUCAGCAAGCAAAUUGUCAAAUAAGACAUUGUCAAAACUUAAAAGCUUUGCCUUUGUCGAAUCACCAAAACCCAAGGAGACCUGUGCAGAUAAUGGUGCCAGUGAAAUUAUUGGUAGCAAGGCAGCAGAUGGACAAGGUUGCAGCAAAAGUCAAGUUACACCAGACUUUAAUACAAUCCUAAAAGACCGAAGGAAUUUACAGGAAACCCUUUCACAGAACAAUAACAUAGAUCAACCUUGUAAAAUACCUUCUACAUCAAAACCAAGUUUUAAACUACCUGCAACAAACGAUUUGACAAAGACUACCCCUGGUUCAAAGAAAUCAUUUUCACACUUUAAGUUUCAGAAAACUGUAGCUGCUAGCUUACCAAGGUUUUCAGACAUCACUGACAAAAGAACUGGGUCAGAACAUCGUUUUAUCAGUCCGUCCUUAACCAGUGCUUCUAGCACACCUCUCACUUCUCCCAUAUUUACCACAGAGGAUGACCUGAGUGAUACUGACCUGGAGCUGGACUGGCUGAAUGAACCAAAGAAAAGAAAGCUAGAUGGGAAAUAAACCAUUUACUAUGUAUUGGGAAACUGACCGCUUUAAGGAUGUUGUUUUGAAUAAAGAUCCAAGAUGGACAGU